GGAAUCUACGACCCCUGCCUUACGUAUUGUAUCCUCUACGUUCGGCCUUUUUAUUUUUCCCUCUUCCGUCCCCACAAAAAAGCACCCAUCCGACCUCGACACUGACCCAGCGUCACAUAAUCAUCACGACAUUCACCCUUCAUCACCGUCCGUCUACUCGUACCCCUCCUCCACCCCCCCCGACUAGACGUCGAACACAAACCACAAAACAAAUCUCCGUCGAAGAUCUCUUGCACUUCUUCACUGAAGCCGCCCGAAUCGACCCGACGUCGAGCAACUUGUCGACCAAGUAAACUGAAACACGUUUCUUUGACUACCAAGGCCUCUCCUUCAUUCGCGCGCGCGAUACCUUCCUCGACGACGAAAUCGGCAAGCACUCGAACCAGAGCCCGCACUCCCAUCUCGUCGCCCAAGGUCGCCGCGCUCUGUAGACACAUUCCGUGCUUUGCGCCCUGUUCUCUCGAAUAGAAGAUUUUCGUGCAUUAGAAGUGACGUGGUCCGCAAACGUCAAGGUGGUAUCUGGGAACCCGGACGCCUUGCGCCGACUUGAGAAUUCGCCAUAACGCCGAUUCCUCUUUUUACCUCCAUCAUCUGCCUUGCUGAGCGCAUUCGCGACUGGGCAUCCGGAAUUUUUGAGCCUUCACUGUAGGGGAGACAUUCACUUGUUCAUCUCCCACUUUUGACAGCUCUCAGCCACAAAGCAUUCACGUCUUUGAGCAUCAAGGAAACAGUCGCCAUCAUGGAGACCUCCAACAUAACCACUCAUCCCACCACGGUUGAGCAGGCCAAGGCCUUCACUGCGCCCGGCUCUCUGUCCUUCCCCGGCGGCGCCCAGGAGUUUGCUCCCCUGGCUCCCAACGGUCAGGUCAACAACCAGCAGGUCGCAAACGGCAAUGGGGUGACUCCCGCGACCCCCGCUGCGACGCCUGGUGCCUUGGUGGGCGGUAGUGGCCUCACACCCACGCUUCAGAACAUCGUUGCCACGGUCAAUCUCGAUUGCCGCCUGGACCUCAAGACGAUUGCCCUGCACGCGAGGAAUGCCGAGUACAACCCCAAGCGUUUCGCCGCUGUUAUCAUGCGUAUCCGCGAGCCCAAGACGACCGCGCUGAUCUUCGCCUCUGGCAAGAUGGUCGUCACUGGUGCCAAGUCCGAGGAUGACUCGAAGCUUGCCUCGCGCAAGUACGCUCGCAUCAUCCAGAAGCUCGGCUUCAACGCAAAGUUUACCGACUUUAAGAUUCAGAACAUUGUCGGCUCGUGCGACAUUAAGUUCCCCAUUCGUCUCGAAGGUCUGGCGUCCCGCCAUCACAACUUCAGCUCCUACGAGCCUGAGUUGUUCCCUGGUCUCAUCUACCGCAUGAUCAAGCCGAAGAUUGUGCUCCUCAUCUUCGUCAGCGGCAAGAUUGUUCUCACGGGCGCCAAAGUCCGUGAGGAGAUUUACCAGGCCUUUGAGAUGAUCUACCCCGUGCUGCAGGAUUUCCGCAAGGUCUAAUCUAAACCUGCGCCUGCACCACUGCACAACAUGUACGCGUCGGCUUGACUGCCUGAUUGCGUGCAGCCCCCCCUUUUUUGUGAUUUGUACCAUUACACCCCCAAUUCUCCUUCACGAUACCACGAGAACAUUUUUGCCCCCCCAUUUCCAAGUCAUGAUUUGGCUGUCGUACGCUUGGCCACUUUAGUCUGAGGUCGGAGCGUGCCGCACCACAAUUAUGGCCUGUACCAAUUGGUUCAUUUCCCGCAUUGCACUGGCGUUGGAGGGGAAACAAACAACGGCUGGAGGAGGGUCCAGCCGAGGCGGCUUGCUUCGAGGAAGAAAAGAACGCGCGUAGCAAUACCACGAUAGUAAUUGCAAAAGAAGUACCGGUCGUUGACCAACACUUGAGGGAU